CUUGCUAUCUGCAAGGUAGACAUGUAACUGCACAAAUGACAGAUGCAUGAAAGUGCACAGAAGAAACAACAUUUGAUCACUAAUUCUAUGAUAAAUGUGACGUGAUAUCAAAAUGCUUACUGGAAAAUAUAGAAUCAUAAUUUGUGUCACCUUCCUUGUGGUUUUUGUGCAUUGCAUAGAAAAACGCUAUGAUGGAAUUUGUCCAAAGAAAUGUAUUUUGUGUGAAAAAAAUGAUACUUCUUGGGAAAUAUUGGGUGCUGUCUGCCAAGAUGUGAGGAUAAGUGAACUUGCUGGACCUGUGAAACAUGUGCAUAUAUAUGAUGGAACAUCGGACAAGAUUCCAAGUGGCAUUCUCAAAGAUUUUCUAUUCCUUGGAAUUGAGGAUUUAACCUUUCUUAAAAUAGAAAAUUACGGAUUAAAGUAUAUUUGGGGAUCUCCAUUAAUAAACAACACACACCUAGAGGUACUUGAUCUCACUGACAAUGAAAUAUCUGACAUUUCUGCUAAAUCUUUUUUGGGUCCUACUGACUUGCUUGUGCUCAUUUUGUCUAAAAAUAACAUCUCAUACAUUCCAAAUGAUACAUUUUCUGACUUACAAAGUCUUACCAACCUUAACCUGUCAUAUAAUCACAUUGACAGCAUUAGUCAAGAUCUUUUUAAUGGCCUACCUAAAUUGACUGACUUAGAUUUGUCACAUAAUAAAAUUGAUUCCUCUAGUCUUAAAGAUGCAAUGAAGGACCUUAUUACAGUAGAGAAAUUAAAACUGGGUUAUAAUCAAUGGAAUUCUGUGCCUUCGAAGCUUUUUACUGGACUCCCACACCUGUAUUUUCUCAGUCUAGAGGGAAACAAUUUAGCAACCAUUUCCCCAAGUGAUUUCACAGGAACAAGUGUGACCAUUAUAAACUUAUCUAACAAUAACUUUACUCAAAUUCCAACUUGGGCACUAGAAAAGCUGUCAAAAUAUGAUCUUGUUUUCAACCUCAGUGGAAAUUUCAUUGAAAAACUAGAAGAUCUCGGCAACAUAACUGUUGACUAUUUAGAUCUUAGUGGUAAUGGAAUCAAAGAGAUCCAAGAUCCAAAUGUUUUCUUCAACUCACACAUCACAACCCUUGACCUGCAUAACAAUCAGUUAAGGUCACUUCCCCAAUCCAUGCAGCUCUACCUCCGAGUGAUGGAAACCCGUGAGCUAGUUCUGUAUGACAAUCCAUGGCACUGUUCCUGUGAUAUUAAAUGGCUGACAUCUUACGUCUAUUUCCAUUACUCAAGACAUGAUCCUGUUUGCAAAACUCCUCCAAAAUAUGCAGGCAGAAAUUUAGGGAGCAUAUGGAGGAACCUUGAGAGAGACUGCUUACAUUCCACAACCACCACCAGAAAGGCAGCAACAUCUACACUCCCCCCAAUGUCAACUAAAUCUUCAAGUUUCACCAAGCAAACAAUUCCUAUAUCCACCUCGACGAUAACCUCAGAUUUUUCUAAACUUUCCACACACAUCAUUGAAAGUACUACAGCAACCGCUAAAUCAACUGCCAGAACAAAUUUUCCUUCUAGUACAUCCAAUUCACAGAUGGCAUCUGCAUCCCAUUCUGCUAUUUUUGAGAAAACAACUACUUCUAUUCCAGCAAUUUUUCCAAGUAGGUCUGGAAAUAUAACCACUUCACAAAAUGUUACCUCUCCUUCAGUUACAUUAUCCAUUGCAUCAGAAGCAACUCCUUCCUCCGUGACACUUAACACCAUUACCGAGGUCCUUUUAUCCACCAUCUCAACAAGUCCACAGAAUCAUACAACUGAUUCUUCCUCUUCACCAAGCAAACAUCAAACCUCAGAAUAUUCAACAUCUUUUCAAUUAUCAACUAAGGAAAAUCCAACAGUGAAUACAUUUCAACAAAUCAUUUCCACUGAAAAUCCCACAUUCAUUGAGCAGACAAGCAAGACACCACAUACAGCAGAACAAACCAAUGCCAAAAUUGAAAAUACUUCUGUAUCAUAUGAAUACUUAACCUCAACAGAAAACAGCAAUAAGGAAACAUCAGCAUCUCAAACUACUAGUGAAACUUCCUUUAUGGUAUAUCAAACCUCUGAGGCUGAGACAUCAGAAAUCCCAGGAACAAUGACUUCUCAAAAUUAUCCAUCCAAAACAAGCUUGUCAUCAAGUAAGACCACAGAUCAAACUAAUGGUGUUUCUUUUACUGGUUUUACCACCUCUGAUGAAUCACAUGGUUCAUUAACAGAGUUUUCAACACAUGGAAGUUUUAUAACCACUGAGACAUCAGAUAAGAUUACAUUUUCAGAUAGGGGUUCAUCAACUAUAGAAUCAGACAGAAGUGCUACUACUCAGUACUCAGAAAUAACAACAGUCAUGUCUCAUACAAAACCAGAGACAACAGGCCCUGUGGAAACCUCCACAUCAUCAUCUACUACAGAAAAAAAAACAUCACAAGAGAAAACAUCAGAUUAUUGGCAAACAACACCAAUAACAGGUUCACAAACAGAGCAAGUAUCUGGAAGUCUAACUAUAGCACAACAAGGAACAACUAUAAACGAAUCAGAAACAACUUCAAGCCCAAUCCUUACUCACAUUGAAACAACUGCAACUCAAGCUCCCUCUGAAUCAGUAACAAUGACUAGUGAAAAUCUGCCCUUCUUAGAUUCAACAACUAGUCAUCUUAUACAAAUAUCAACUUUAAAUACAACAGAAAACAUUCUAAUAGAACAAACUACUCCUGAGAGUAUAUCACAAUCAGAAACAAUGAAACAGAAUGAAGUAACUAGCCAAUCAUUGGUUGAAGUGUCAAGUAAAACUGAGAUCAAUUAUGAGCAAACCACCUUUGCCCAAACAGAAAUUACCCCACAAUAUUCUCUUAAUGGACAAACCAAACCUGUAACAAAAACUGAGAACAUUAAAAACACAGGAACCACAGAGAGUGAAUUUUCUUCUUCAAGUAGUCCAGAAAGCUCCACUGGGAUUGCAAGUUUAACUCAAACCAAUUCUUCACCACAAAUGUCCAGUCAAUGGACAGCAGAAACUAAUGGCUCAUUGCUUCAGACAACAAGCCAAACAUAUACAGAAAAGGAGAUAAGUCAGGUUGAGACAACCACACAAAACACUAUAACAACAACACUAGAGGGACAACUGGGAAACAUAACAGCAGGACACAAAACAAGCAACUUUUUGACACAAUUGGAUACUACAACAAAAGCUAAGGUGCUGACUUCCACAAUGCAAACAAAAGACACGGGAGAGACAACUAACCUGACCACUGAAGUGGCUAAUGAAAACACAACAGUUACAGACCAUGACUUAACUACAUUUAGUUCAACCCCUCUAACCACUUCAGAAUCUGACAAUGUGAAAUCUACUGUAAUGCCAAGUCAUCAAACAGAAACCUUAUUGUCUAGUACACCAUCAAAUAAUUCAAUGACAACAGACUCCAUGCAAACCCCAACAUUAAAUUCAAAUUCAACAAUAACCGUAUCAUAUUCUCCAGGAAAAAUUGAUGGAAGCAACCUUACAACUGCAAGAUCCUUUACACAGAGAGCAACUACAGAAUCUUUAACUACUGAUCAUCUAUUACUUGCUAACACAACAUUAACAAAAAUUAAUACUAAUUCAGCUUCAUCACCAUCUUCACCACCUUUCACAUCAACCUCGAAUACAUCUGUUAGUCCCAUAUUGAAUGCGACGACAAGUGUAACAAACCAAACAAAUUCAACUGCCCUACCUUAUACAGAUAACAGAAAUACAUCACAUGGGACCAAUCAGAUUUCAACAGAGAGCAUAACCUCUCCACAAACAUCAGAAAAGUUAGUGCAGACAACAGAAAUGGUACAGACUACAGGCACCAUUCCAACUACACAAACAACAACAACAACUGAAAGAAUGACCACACAGACAAGUGAAAUAAACACUCCAACUAACAAACUAACCACCAAAACAGUGUAUUCAUCAACAUCCUCACACUCAACUAAUCAGGUGCAUAGUGCUCUAGUCCUAGCGACCACUCAACUAGUGAAUACAAGCUCCACAGCAUCAGUAUCUAACGGGAUACCUGUCACCAGUACUGAGAACAGUCCAACUAAUUCCACUAAUCAGCCUGCUGCCCAGAAAACCUUGGCAGAGUCCGUCAAUACUAGCAUUGCAGCUAUUGUGGCCCCCAUUCUUGCUCUGCUCAUCAUAAGCUGCCUAGGAUUUCUAAUUUUUGCUGGAAUCAAACGGAAUUUGUUAAACAAGAUAACAGAUAAGAUACUUUGCUCUAAUGAAGAAGACUUUUUCAUGCCAACUAAAGAGUUUGAUCAGGCCAAGCCAAUGUUUAAUAGAAAGGUUAAGAGUGGUUACAGUGUUUUUGUGACUGAAAAUGAUGAUUAUCGCAAGGACAAUUAAACAAUUUUUUUUAUAUAAUUCAUGUGUAUAUUUGUA